AUGAUAUCAUUAGUGGGAAAAUACGCCUAUGUGAAACAGGAAAAUUUAGUUGAAUUUUAUAAAUCAUUGAAUGUACCCGAAGCAUUUGUCGACAAAUUAAUACCCAAAAUAAAUUCAUUAAAAGAAUUUAAGGUCGAUGGAUACAAAGUUACCAUAACAGGAAAUUAUGAAGCAACUUAUAUUCUUGACAAAGAAGUGGAUGAAACUAAUGAGUAUAAUUAUACACUGAAGAGCAUAGCUAAAAUGGAAGGGAAUAAACUAAUUGUAACUAGUAGGACACCAGAACAACCAAAUACAACAUUGAAAAGAGUUUAUGAAUCCAACGAUAGAGAGCUUAUAAUUACAAUGUCUUGUCAAAAAACUCCAGUAAUAGCGAAAUACUAUUAUAGAAGAGUAUUGCCAUGAAAAUCACCAUUUUACCAG